AUGGUGAGCGACGAUCUCUCGCCCACAGACACCGAUGACUCUAGCACCGAGCCUAAGUUGAGCGAGUGUACGAAAGGCGGCAAGAAGCGCAAGCUCGAUGCUGACUUUUCGGAGAAAAUCCAUUGGACAGACGAGUCUGACACUGUUCCAUCAAAGCCCAAGAGACGAGCGAAAAGAAAAUCCGCAGGAAAGAAGCGCAAGUCGAUACGUGCAGACGAGCCCGGUGACGAUGAGCCGCCCGAGGAUGCACCAGAUCUGCCGGAUUACCUGCAGGCCAGACGGCAGGAGUUUGAUGCGCGUAGGAGGGAAUUUCAUGAAGCAGCGCUUAAAGUGCCGCCUGAUUACACAGGAAUUUUCGACGAUGAGGAUGUCUCAGUCAACCAGUUGCAAGAGCGACCGCACUUUACUGAAGAGAUUGGCGUGAAGCCAUCUCGCCCGUAUGAGGAUAUUGAGCUACAAUAUUCGGGUGGAUUGAUACCCGCCUCUAUUGCACAAUAUCUGCGCGACUAUCAAGUUGAAGGCGUGGACUUCCUGCAUCGGAAAUUCGUGUACCAACAGGGCGGAAUCCUUGGUGAUGACAUGGGACUAGGGAAGACAGUACAAGUGGCUGCUUUCUUGACAGUAGCGUUUGGAAAGACUGGCGAUGAGCGGGACGACAAGCGGAUGCGGGAGAUGCGAUAUCACCAUGAGCGGUGGUACCCGCGCGUGCUCAUCAUCUGCCCAGGGUCGAUCUUGAUCAACUGGCAAAAUGAGCUGAACCGCUGGGGCUGGUGGCAUACUGACGUGUAUCAUGGAGCUAGGAAAGACGAUGUUCUCGGCAGUGCCCGAGCUGGCAUGCUCGAGAUUAUGAUCACCACCUAUGACACGUACAAAAACAAGAAAAGCGCCAUCAACAUGAUACAGUGGGAUGCCGUGAUCGCAGACGAAUGCCACAAGAUCAAGGACCACACAAAAGAUACGACUAAGGCGCUUAUGGAAGUGAACGCCCUGUGUCGGAUAGGGUUGACCGGAACCGCCAUACAGAACAAAUACGAGGAAUUUUGGACCUUGCUCGACUGGACGAACCCGGGUCAAUUCGGCACACUCGGCGAAUGGAGGUCUGCUAUAUCAAUACCACUGACGCUCGGCCAGUCGCACGAUGCAACGGCUGCGCAGCUCAACGCAGCGAGAACAACCGCGCAGAAGUUGGUCAAGAACGUGUUGCCGCAGUUCUUCCUGCGCCGUAUGAAGUCUCUCAUCGCGCAUCAGCUGCCCAAAAAGACAGACAAGGUAGUCUUCUGUCCUUUGACGGACUUGCAGGUUGAGGCAUACCGAAAUUUCACCGACAGUAGGGAAGUCGAGAUUCUUAGGACCGUUUCUGAGAUGUGUGGCCAACACGGGAAGAAGCUUGGUUGGUGCUGCAACCAGUUCUUGCCCAACGGUAAGAGGUGGCAGACGUUCGUCUUCCCGGCCAUGGUCACUUUGCAAAAGAUUGCCAAUCAUUUGACGCUGCUCGUUCCGCUGUCGAGUGAUCUCGAUGAAAAACAAAAGUCUGAGUUGCGCAGUCUGCAGACGUGCUGCCCUGAAGUUUGGAACCAGCUCUACACGGACAGGGAGAAAAUCACCAGCCUCAUCAACCCAGAGUUCUGUGGCAAGUGGAAGGUGCUCAAGGAGAUGCUGAAGUACUGGCACAGCCACGGGGACAAGGUGCUUGUUUUCUCGCACAGCGUACGGUUGCUGCGCAUAUUGCAGCACCUUUUCAAUUACACGUCGUAUAAUGUGUCGUUUCUGGAUGGUUCAAUGAGCUAUGAAGAGCGUCAGCAAGUGGUGGACGACUUCAACUCAGAUCCAAAGCAAUUCGUCUUCCUCAUUUCGACCAAGGCAGGUGGCGUGGGGUUGAACAUCACGUCCGCAAACAAGGUCGUCAUUAUCGACCCGCACUGGAAUCCAUCGUAUGAUCUGCAGGCUCAAGAUCGUGCCUAUCGAAUUGGUCAGAAAAGAGACGUCGAGGUCUUCCGGCUUAUUUCAGUCGGCACUGUCGAGGAGAUUGUCUAUGCCCGCCAGAUAUACAAGCAGCAGCAAGCCAACAUCGGCUACACGGCAUCCUCAGAACGACGAUACUUCAAAGGCAUCCAGGAGCAAACCGGGAAGAAGGGUGAAAUAUUCGGCUUGGAGAACAUCUUCACUUACUAUACUGAGAGCGGUCUGCUUCGAGAUAUCGUCAACAAGACCAACGUUGCCGAAGCUCGCGUGGGCUUCAACAUGUUUGAUGUGGACAUGGACCAGGCUGCUAAGGAGGGCGAUGCUCUGAGGUCGAUUCAAACGAAAGGGGACACAGCGGAAGACGGCGGUCUGAGCCAACUUGCAGAACUGCUCAAGGCUAAGGACCAGGAGCAGCUGCUUCAAGAGCGGAAAGCGAACGCGCCCAGAACGGACGCGAUCCAGGCCAUCCUCUCCAAAGCAGGUGUCGAAUACGCGCAUGAAAACUCCGAGGUCGUCGGGUCAUCUAAAGUCGAGGAGCAUCUCUCGCGAAGGGCUGCCCUGGGCCAGUAUGGCGAAGGUGACACUUUGGGCCAACAUGCACUCUUUGCCAGCGAUGAGGAUGGGGCCUCUCCAGACCAAGGCCUGUACACACAAUUCAACCCACCCCAGGAUGUACAGUUGCGCCAGUUCUGCGAAAUGGCCCGGACCUUUGGUUUUGCCAGUGCUACCGAGUUUGCCCUGGUGGUAGAGAAUUGGUCGCAGGAGCAACGGCGUAAUUGCCUGGCGCAUUUCUACCGCAAACGAGAGGCUAUGCUGCUGGAGAAAUAUGAAUCUGACGAAGGGGUCAACAAGGAAACAAAGCCUGAAGCCAAGGAAACGAAAGCGGAGAAGGCCCAAGAGGUGAAGAGUCCCAUCAAGAAAGAAGCUUCAGCCAUAACACCCGCAAAGUAUGGAAUCAAAGUGGAACCCAGCUCCAGCUCGAGAGACCAAGGCAUCGCACGCAUGACCGAGGAUGGAUCGUCUAAGCGAACCUCGAUAUUCCUCUCAGACGACGACGACGAUGAUGAAUUAUGA